AUGCUGCGCAGGGGAGACGACAACGACGACAACGACGACGACGGCGACGAAGCGCGACGCAAUGGCAUGCCGGGUGCAUCAAUAUGCGUGCAAUACAAUUUCUCGCAGACAGUGCCGGCAUCCCUGGGCGUACCGAUGCAUAUUAGGCUCUCGAGCGCAUCAGAUAACGCCCUCGUGACGGUUCAUGGUGAACGCGACGUGCUGGCUUGGAGUUUGCGCCGCAACGUGGCGCCUCAGCGCAUAGAAAUCGACAUCGCAAUGGACUACGUGACGGGCAUCGCAAUCUCCCCUCACGGUAGUGGCGUCAUCGCGCUCGCAUUCCGGCUCGGAACGAGGUACGAGGUGUGGACGUAUGACUGGGUAAACCGGACGGGCGAAGCCGUAGCGGCGCCGGGAACCGACUUACAUUCCAUUCAGUAUUCGCCCGACGGUCGCCUGCUUGCAUGGAUAUCAGGCGGGGGCGUCGACAUCUGGGAGACGAUACUCAACACACACGUGAGAACCCUCCGCGAGAGCAUCAAACGAACGAACGGGCUGCCGACGACCAGGUUUGCAUUCACGCCCGACUCGUGUCGGAUCGCAACCGCUGACUGGUCGGGGCGAUUGACGGCCUGGACGGUUGGGUCGUGGUCGUAUAUCGGUGAAUCAAAGCCCAAGAGGGCAUGGGAUGAGGAUGGGCGGGAAGUGGUGCAGCUUGUGGCUUGCAAAGGGCGCGUUAUAGUGGUCUCUUGCGAGGUGGGAGAGCCGCAGACAUGGAGGCUGACGACAUGGUGGCCAGAUAACGGCGGUAGGGCAUGGUUCGAGAUGAAAGGUUGCGCAUAUGGAUGCGUUCCUUGCGAUGGCAGAUUCGUCGCAACGGUGCAGUUGGACGGGGGGAAACUUCGGAUUCGCGACUCAAAUAGCGGCGUGUGUCUCGACCAGUCGACGCAGGGCAUAGCCAAAGUGGAUUGUCACCGGGAGGACGACAAUGUGGCAGUUGGUGGCCACCAGAUAGAGCCCAGCGCAACCGACGAACCCGGAGCAACGAGCGAACGAACGAGCGAAUGA